UCCAAUAAAUACUGUUCUUGAACGCCGUCUUAAAUAUUUUAACGAUAUCGAUAUUUGCGUUACUCAUCAGUCGUUUUCCGUUUAGUUCGUUUGGUAAAUUCACCUAAUAAAAACCGCGUAAGUUAAUUUUAAAAAAAUAUGACCAGCAAGCAGGACGAUGUCAUAAAAGUCGGUUUAGCGAUAUGGGUGUGCAUUUGUAUCCUGUUCGCUAUAUGGUUCGCUAGUAAAUUCUUGAAGGGCAGGAACCAACUCCACGCAAACUUGAACGUCGUGGAAGACAGCCUGAGGAAGAUGCAAGAAAGGAUCGAGAGCGAGCAGCUCAAAAAGAGGAUGGGUUUCGUGGAAAGUCUCGACGAGAUAACCGCGUGUUUGGAGGAAGAAAACUCCAGAGACAACAAUCAGGAGAGGGAGAACAUAGAAGCGACGCAAUGUCGGGUGGAAGAUGAAGACAAGAAAACCUUGUAAUGUUUGCAUUGUUAUCGUUUUUACACAAUUAUAUUGUUGUAGUCA